CUGGAGAGAAGCGAUAUAAAAUGUUUUAGAGAUAAUUUUGCAAGCCUGAAUCAUCCGCAUAGCGCUCCAAAGAAUUGGACACUUAAACAGACAAGCAGUGCUGAAAUGACUCACUAAAAUGUGUCCUGUCUUCUCAAACUUUGACUAUGAAUCAAAGAACAAAAGGAAGAAGAGCCUCAUGGGAAUAAGCAGUUCCGAAGUUGUAAUAUGAAAAUAUAUAAGCCAAGAGACAAUGAGCAGAGACAUCAUAACAGCAGGAUGACCUAAACAAACAUAAGUACCCAAUAGAAAACAACAGGCAAUUAGAGGACAAACAAACUAAAGUCAGCACAAAAACCAAAAUGGAGAUUGUGAAAAGACAAAGACAGUUGACAGCUCAACUAAUGGAGGACAUUGAACAACUCUGGGAAGAGACACAAAGGGAGACAACUGAAAUUGACCACCUGAAGUCGCAUGAGGAUAUUGAAAGACUGACAGCUGAAAAAAAUGAACAGUACUUUUUAAUAAAGGCACUAAGAUUACAGAUAGAACAUGUUAUGGAGAAAGUUGACGAGAGUAAAAAUGAAGCCACUCAAGAAAAAAUGCAACUUCAAAAAAUGUGGACCAAGAUAUACCAAGAGAGGGAAACUCUGGAAAAAAGACGUAAUGACCUCAUCGAUGAGCGACACAAGUUAGAAAUGAUCAAGUACGGUGGGACAAAAUCACAAAACAGUACAGAACCCCAAGAACCCAUGGAACAGAUAAAGAGUCUGCUGAGCCUAGUAAACACAAUUAAGACAAAAAUGCUUGAAGCAAAGCAGGCAAAAGAACAAAUGGAGAAAAACAUGGUAGACAUACAGCAAGAGUUAAAUAAAAAUAAAAAUAAUACUGUCCAACUUAGAGAUCAAGUCAAGCACAUCAAACAUAAUAUUAAUGUCCAUAUCAAAGAGAUGAAGCAAAAAUGUAAAAAAAAUAAAAACGCUGUUGAGAUGCAUAAAGUCCCAGUCCCAGAGAUGGAAAGUAGAGAAAAAAAGAAUAAAAAAAAAGACAAGUUUGACAGCCUGAGGAAUAAACUUGGCACAAUCCAGGAAGAGAUGGAGAAACUUUGGAAAGUGCUAGAAGACAGUGGACCAAAACUUGAAGUACCGGUGAGAAAGAAGCAGAAGCUAAAGAAAGAGAGUGGUCAAAUAGAAAGAACUAAAAUGAAGACUGAAAGAGAAAACAUAGAGAAUGACAGGCAGUUAGCCAAAGCAGAAAUUAAUGCCAUGGAGUGUGUGAGGGAGAGUAUGGAAAGGGAAAAACAGGAGUUGGACAACACGUUACAAAAGACAAAGAAGGCAAUAAGAGAAAUGGAAGUGUUGAACACUGAGAUUGAAAUGAAGAAAAAGGACCUGGUAAAAAUGAUACGAUUGCAAAUGAAAAAAGGGGGAGAAAUGAGCAAGAUGGCGGGGGAGUCUGAACAUGAUAAACAAGACAUUAAGGCAAGACAAUAUAUGAGUGAGGAGCAGGUGCUGGAGGGGAACAUGGAGGACAGGUUUGAUGAGCAGAAGAUUAGACUUCAACAGGUUGAUAGGACAAGAGACAUAACACAACAUAAAGAAAAUCAGUUUGAGGAAGAAAACAUGGAACCAUACACCAGGAUUAAAGUGAAUACUAACAUGAAGAGAUUAAUUCUUGACGUAGAAGGAAUCAGAAAUAUGCUGUGUAGGGUGAGAGAAGAUGCAGAGCAAAGCAGGAGGGACUUUACAGAAGAAAAGAGUCAAAUCCAAUGGAUGAAUUUUCAAGUAAAAAAACAGAGACAAGCGCUUGACCAACGGCUGGAGAAGACCAUGAAAGAGAGAGAUGACUUGGAAAUCACAAAAGCGAAGAUACAAAAACACAGGGAGGAGGUUGAAAAAAACCUGGAAGAUAAAAUAACUACAAUUGUGACCAUGAGAGCUAGCAUAGAAAAAGCUGCAACAGAGAUGAAAGGCACCAGAGAAGAGAUGCUCAUAGUCCAAAGGAAGCUGGAUCAGAACAAGGAAGAGCUCAAAAAUGACAUGGAUAAGAUGACUUCCAUGAAAAUUCAGGUCAGCAAAUGGGUCUUGAAUGAAUCUACAGCCAAAAAUACAUUUCCAAGGAUUACAGCUAAACUUCAAGAACCAAAGAACGACACAGUCAGAGACCAUCUCAAACAUCAAACAUUUGAAAUUGCAACUGACAAAGAAGAAGCAGCAUGUAUAACAAAUGAAACCUGGUCUAUGCAACAAUCGAUAACAUUAGAAGAACAGCAUCAAGAUAUAGAGGUAAAAGAUCAAGAGCACAUGCAUUCAGAGUACAAACAGCGACAAGCCUUUUUUACAGUGGACGCACAGGAAGAGCAGAAUAUUUUAUUACAGAUGCCGACAAAAAUGUAUGAAGACACAUUAAUGGAUUAUGAUCAGGCAGAAUUAGUGAUACCUGGAAGAGAAAUUAAAGAAGUGCAAAGGCAGAUGUACAAACUCAAGGAGAGAGAGGAGAAAAUAAGGGAGCAAAUAAAGUAUGCUAUGGAGAACAUGGAGGAAAAAAAUGAAGGCAUUAAAAUGCUCAUUAUGGAAAUAAAUGACCUGCAGAGCCAAAAGCCAGAGACUGAAAAUGGGUUACAAAUUACAGUCAUGGACAGCACCAAUGUUUUUAAACAUGAAGCAGUUAAAUAUGAAGUAAAAGUGCACAAACAGGGGACUGACAAUAAGGCUGAACAAGAAUGUAUUGCAGAUUUUCAGAUGGAGAUGGAAGAACGAAGACGGAAGUCAGUAGAAAAUAUGCAGACACAUACUGAGGAGAUAGACGGAUGUUCUGACAGAAAAGACACAAGAAGUUCUGAUAUACAAAGACUUAGGGCAGAGAUUUAUAGAACACAAGAAAUCAUGAGACUAGUGUUUGAAAAUCAAGCUGAAGAAAGUCUUAUUAACAAAGAUCAUAAGGAUGAAGAAACUGGAAUUAAAGGAUUUCUACAAGACAUGAAACAGUUUCAAGAGCUUUUGAAACAAUUAAAAACUGCAAUAGUGCAAAGGCAAAUGCAUGUCAGAGAAGAAAUGAGCAACAUGAGAUUGAUGAAAACCUUGGUGAAAAAACAGAAAAGAAAACUGGAUCAGAGAUUAGAGAAUACUUUGAGAGAGAGAGGUGAAUCUGAUAUUUUAAAAAUAAAAAUGCAGAGACAAACUGAACUGACGGAGCAGAAAAUUGCAAAACUUAGGAGCACUGUAGAGAGAAUUGUCGCUAAGACAAAACAGAAAAGAGAAGACAUGGAGAUUAUUUUGACAGGCACCAAAGUAAAAAUGAGGAAGUUGGAAGACCUUAACUCUACAAUUGAGACUUUAAAACAAGAUGUGAAGAACAGCCAUCUUUUAUUAUCCCAGGAAAGAGCUUACUGUGAAAAACUUAACUCUGAAAUCCAGCAGGAAAAAGAUCACGUGAGAGAGGAGGGAGACAUAGCAAGACUCGCCAAAAUAACAAAGAAAAGAAUGGGCAAAGAAAUUGAGGAAAAGGAAAAAGAAAUGAUCAGACUCAGAUCAAAAUUGGAGAAACUGGAAAAGGAUAUCAAACUGAAAAUGGAUAGUUUGGAUCAGAAAAACUGUGAAAUUGAACAACUGAAAAAGGCUAUAAAUGAAAAAGUGGAACAAAAGACUGAGAGAGAAGAGAUUGAGAUUCUGAAACAAGAGAUACGAGUAGAAAAGGAGAAUGUGGGAAUAGAAAGACAACAAGCUGAGGCACAAAAGCAUGAGAUUGAAAGACAGAAGCAGGAGCUUGAUGACAGGCUGCAACUGACUAAAAGAGAAAUAAGAGAGUUGGAGCUGCUGAAAGCAGAGCUGGAAAUAAAGAAAAAGGAAAAUCAAAAGAUAUUUAGAAAAAGCAUGCGAAAAAAGGAAAAGAGUGAAAUAAAGUGGAAUGAAAUACAUAGAGAAAAUGUAGAACUGACAGAUGAGAACAAAGAGAGAAGAAGAGGAUUAGACCAAAGGCCGGAAGCCAUGAGAGAGGGGGAUGAGUGUGAAAUGUUGAAGAUGAAAGUACAAUGGCAGAAGGAAGAGCAGGCUGAAGAGAAGCAGGGUUUAAAAGAGCAGACUAGUGCUGUGCAAGUAGAAAGGAAACAAGAAAAACAAGAGGUGACAAGCAUCAGGGAGGAAGUGGAAAUGACACUCCAAAGCUCAAAAGCCAGAAGUUUUGUUAUUGACCUUGAAAACAUUAGACAAAAGAUUAAUGUAGAUUUGGAAAUAAUGAGAAGAGAAAUGGCAAUGCUGGAACAUGUAAAUGUACAUUGGGGCAAACAAAGAGAAGAGCUCAAAGCAGUAAAUGCUGAGAACAGGAAUCUAAGAAACAAUAUGAUCCAAAUAAAAUAUCAGGUAAAGAUGGAUUUUGAAAAAAUGACCAUGAAAGCAAAAGUGGAGGUGGAUCAAAUGGUCCACAUGAGGGGUGAAAUCCAAAAACAAAAACAGGAGCUUGACAUCAGACGAGAAAAAGUUAAAAGAGAAGGAAGAGAGAUUGAAGUGAUGAAGUCCGAGUUGGAGAUGGAAAAAAGACUAAAUCAACGGAUGAUCCAAAAAGGCAUUCGAAAAGAGCAAGAAGCUAAAAAGAUGUGGGCUGAGGUCAAAGGAGAAAAAGAUGCCCUCAAGAAGGUAAUGCAGAAAAGUAAGAAAGAGCUUGAACAACGGCUAGAGAGGAUCAACAGAGAACGGGAUGAACUAGAGAUCAUGCAAAUCAAGAUGCAGAGAGAAAAGAAUGUGAGCAAAGGAGGAGUGGAGGAGUCCAGAAUGGUCACUAUGACAGAAGUUUCACAUCCAAUUCAGAAGCACUGGAAACUAAUUCGGAAACCGGAAUGGGAGCUGAUGAGGACUGACAUCCUGAAACAAAGGGAGACUUUAGAACAAGAGAAAACAGAAAUUGGAGAGAAACUGGAACUGAUGGAGAAGGAUGCUAUGAUCACCAUCAGUGAAGACAGGGAACAAGUCAAUCAGAUGAAGAGUAGCACAGACGGGGACAGACAAAUGUUUGAGAAUGAAAAGGACAGAAUGGAAGGAGAAAGGUCUGAGCUGAAAAUGAGACACAAUCAACUCUUUAGUCAAAUGAAAUCCGUUGUAGCACUGAGGGAAAAACUUCAACAGAUAAAUGAUAAAAGAGACCAGUUGGAAAUCAGACAGACUGAGCUGCAAAAGCAGAAAGAACAAACAGACAUUCUUCUUCAUGAGAUAUAUAGAGAAAAAAACAACAUUAAACAUCUGAAAACUCAGCUUCAGGUAGAAGAAAACAGACUACAGAAAGCCAUGGACAUGAUUACCUCCAAACAAGAAGAACAAGAACUCAAAGAAGAGCAGUUGAAGAGACAAACACAAGAAUUGGAAAGCACUGAGACCAGUUUACUUUUGGAAAGAGAGGAACUGGAACUGAUGAGGAAGGAUGUCAACAAGAAGAAAGAAGAGGUUGAAGCUGCCAUGAUCACCAUCAGUGAAGACAGAGAACAAGUCAAAGAUCAACUCUUCAGUCAAAUGAAAUCUGUUGAGGCACUGAGGGAAAAACUUCAACAGCUGAAUGAAAAAGUGCGUGAAAAAAUGAAAACCAAAUUCAUCAUCCUAGAACAAAACAAUCAAGAUGUCAUCAAACAGGUCAAUGUUUUGGAGCAAAAAUAUCAGGCUCUGGAUAAACAAAAAGAAGUAAUGUUGCGUCACACAGAGACAUUACAGAGAGAACGAGAAGGUUUGAAAAGUGUGUUGUCAGAAGUUGUCGUUCAGAGACUAGAAGAACUGAGGUCACAGCUGAAGCAAUACAGAGAGGAUCUGGAUAGAGAGAGGGGUAUGAUGGACAAAGAGAGACUGGACUUUGAGCUGGUGAGGUCUGACAUCCUGAAACAAAGGGACAGUUUAGAACAAGACAAAACAGAUAUAACUGAGGAAAGAGACCAGUUGAAAAUCAAACAGACUGAGCUACAAAAGAAGAAAGAACAAACAGACAUUCUUCUUGAUGAGAUAAAUAGAGAGAAAAACAACAUAAAACAUCUGACAAGUCAGCUUAAUGCUGAACAAGAGAGACUUCAGAAAACCAUGAACAUGAAUACCUCCAAACAAGAAGAACAAGAACUCAAAGAAGAGCAGUUGAAGAGACAAACACAAGAAUUGGAAAGCACUAAGACCAGUUUACUUUUGGAAAGAGAGGAACUGGAACUGAUGAGGAAGGAUGUCAACAAGAAGAAAGAAGAGGUUGAAGCUGCCAUGAUCACCAUCAGUGAAGUCAGAGAACAAGUCAAUCAGAUGAAGAGUAGCACAGACGGGGACAGACAAAUGUUUGAGAAUAAAAAGGACAGAAUGGAAGAAGAAAGGUCUGAGCUGAAAAUGAGACAAGAUCAACUCUUCAGUCAAAUGAAAUAUGUUGAAACACUGACGGAAAAACUUCAACAGAUGAAUGACAAGAUGAGUGAAGACCUGAACAUUUUUAUGGAGAGAUUACAACAAAACAAUGAGUAUGUAGUAAUGAUGUGCACUGUAUUGGAACAAAAGUGCACAGCAUUAAAAGUGCAGAAAGAAAGCAUGUCUUCUUACAUUGAACUGCUUGAGAAAGAAAAGAAAAGGCUGAUGAGUAUAAUGUCUGACAUGGUCAAUCAGAAAGAAGACAUGGAAAAUCAAUGGAAGCAGAAGUUUGAGCUGGAGGAACAAGAUCUUAAGAAACUGAGGGCAGAACUGAAGCAACACAGGGGAGAUGUGGAUAGACAGAGUGAGAUGAUGAACAAAGAGAAACAGGACUUGGAGCUGAUGAGGUCUGACAUCCUGAAACAAAGGGACAGUUUAGAACAAGAGAAAACAGAUAUAAAUGAGGAAAGAGACCAGCUGGAAAUCAAACAGACUGAGUUGCUAAAGCAGAAAGAACAAACAGACAUUCUCGUUGAUGAGAUAAAUAGAGAGAAAACCAACAUUAAACAUCUGAAAACUCAGCUUCAGGCAGAAGAAAACAGACUACAGAAAGCCAUGGACAUGAUUACCUCCAAACAAGAAGAACAAGAACUCAAAGAAGAGCAGUUGAAGAGACAAACACAAGACUUGGAAAGCACUAAGACCAGUUUACUUUUGGAAAGAGAGGAACUGGAACUGAUGAGGAAGGAUGUCAACAAGAACAAAGAAGAGGUUGAAGCUGCCAUGAUCACCAUUAGUGAAGACAGAGAACAACUAAAUCAGAUGAAGAGUAGCACAGACAGGGACAGACAAAUGUUUGAGAAUGAAAAGGACAGAACGGAAGGAGAAAGGUCUGAGCUGAAAAUGAGAUCAGAUCAACUCUUCACUCAAAUGAAAUCUGUUGGAGCACUGAUGGAAAAACUUCAACAGCUGAAUGAAAAAGUGCAUGAAAAAAUGAAAAGCAAAUUCAUCAUUCUAGGACAAAACAACCAAGAUGUAGUCAAACAGGUUGAUGUUUUGAAGCAAAAACAUCAGGCUCUGGAUACACAAAAAGAAAUAAUGUUGUGUCACACAGAGACAUUACAGAGAGAACGAGAAGGACUGAAAAGUGUGUUGUCAGAAGUUGUCGCUCAGAGAGUAGAAAUGGAAAAUCAACUGCAACAAGAGGAUUUGGUGGAAAAGACAAGACUUGCAGAACUGAAGUCACAGCUGAAGCAAUACAGAGAGAAUCUGGAUAAAGAGAGGGGUAUGAUGGACAAAGAGAGACUGGACUUGGAGCUGAUGAGGUCUGACAUCCUGAAACAAAGGGACAGUUUAGAACAAGACAAAACAGAUAUAACUGAGGAAAGAGACCAGUUGAAAAUCAAACAGACUGAGCUACAAAAGAAGAAAGAACAAACAGACAUUCUUCUUGAUGAGAUAAAAAGAGAGAAAAAAAAUAUAAAACACCUGACAAGUCAGCUUGAUGCUGAACAAGAGAGACGUCAGAAAGCAAUGAACAUGAAUACCUCCAAACAAGAAGAACAAGAAUUCAAAGAAGAGCAGUUGAAGAGACAAACACAAGAAUUGGAAAGCACUAAGACCAGUUUACUUUUGGAAAGAGAGGAACUGGAACUGAUGAGGAAGGAUGUCAACAAGAAGAAAGAAGAGGUUGAAGCUGCCAUGAUCACCAUCAGUGAAGACAGAGAACAAGUAAAUCAGAUGAAGAGUAGCACAGACAGGGACAGACAAAUGUUUGAGAAUGAAAAGGAGAGAAUGGAAGGAGAAAGGUCUGAGCUGAAAAUGAGACAAGAUCAACUCUUCACUCAAAUGAAAUCUGUUGGAGCACUGAGGGAAAAACUUCAACAGAUAAAUGACAAAAGAGACCAGUUGGAAAUCAGACAGACUGAGCUGCAAAAGCAGAAAGAACAAACAGACAUUCUUCUUCAUGAGAUCUAUAGAGAGAAAACCAACAUGAAACAUCUGACAAAUCAGCUUCACGCUGAACAAGAGAGACUUCAGAUUGCCAUGGACAUGAUUACCUCCAAACAAGAAGCACAAGAACUCAAAGAAGAGCAGUUGAAGACACAAACACAAGAAUUGGAAAGCACUGAGACCAGUUUACUUUUGGAAAGAGAGGAACUGGAACUGAUAAGGAAGGACCUGAACAAGAAGAAAGAAGAGGUUGAAGCUGCCAUGAUCACCAUCAGUGAAGACAGAGAACAAGUCAAAGAUCAACUCUUCAGUCAAAUGAAAUCUGUUGAAGCACUGAGGGAAAAACUUCAACAGCUGAAUGAAAAAGUGCAUGAAAAAAUGAAAAGCAAAUUUAUCAUUCUAGGACAAAACAACCAAGAUGUAAUCAAACAGGUCGAUGUUUUGGAGCAAAAAUAUCAGGCUCUGGAAAAACAAAAAGAAACAAUGUUGCGUCACACAGAGACAUUACAGAGAGAACGAGAAGGGCUGAAAAGUGUGUUGUCAGAAGUUGUCGCUCAGAGAGUAGAAAUGGAAAAUCAACUGCAACAAGAGGAUUUGGUGGAAAAGACAAGACUUGGAGAACUGAAGUCACAGCUGAAGCAAUACAGAGAGAAUCUGGAUAAAGAGAGGGGUAUGAUGGACAAAGAGAGACUGGACUUGGAGCUGGUGAGGUCUGACAUCCUGAAACAAAGGGACAGUUUAGAACAAGACAAAACAGAUAUAACUGAGGAAAGAGACCAGUUGAAAAUCAAACAGACUGAGCUACAAAAGAAGAAAGAACAAACAGACAUUCUUCUUGAUGAGAUAAAUAGAGAGAAAAACAACAUAAAACAUCUGACAAGUCAGCUUAAUGCUGAACAAGAGAGACUUCAGAAAACCAUGAACAUGAAUACCUCCAAACAAGAAGAACAAGAACUCAAAGAAGAGCAGUUGAAGAGACAAACACAAGAAUUGGAAAGCACUAAGACCAGUUUACUUUUGGAAAGAGAGGAACUGGAACUGAUGAGGAAGGAUGUCAACAAGAAGAAAGAAGAGGUUGAAGCUGCCAUGAUCACCAUCAGUGAAGUCAGAGAACAGGUCAAUCAGAUGAAGAGUAGCACAGACGGGGACAGACAAAUGUUUGAGAAUAAAAAGGACAGAAUGGAAGAAGAAAGGUCUGAGCUGAAAAUGAGACAAGAUCAACUCUUCAGUCAAAUGAAAUAUGUUGAAGCACUGACGGAAAAACUUCAACAGAUGAAUGACAAGAUGAGUGAAGACCUGAACAUUUUUAUGGAGAGAUUACAACAAAACAAUGAGUAUGUAGUAAUGAUGUGCACUGUAUUGGAACAAAAGUGCACAGCAUUAAAAGUGCAGAAAGAAAGCAUGUCUUCUUACAUUGAACUGCUUGAGAAAGAAAAGAAAAGGCUGAUGAGUAUAAUGUCUGACAUGGUCAAUCAGAGAGAAGACAUGGAAAAUCAAUGGAAGCAGAAGUUUGAGCUGGAGGAACAAGAUCUUAAGAAACUGAGGGCAGAACUGAAGCAACACAGGGGAGAUGUGGAUAGACAGAGUGAGAUGAUGAACAAAGAGAAACAGGACUUGGAGCUGAUGAGGUCUGACAUCCUGAAACAAAGGGACAGUUUAGAACAAGAGAAAACAGAUACAAAUGAGGAAAGAGACCAGCUGGAAAUCAAACAGACUGAGUUGCUAAAGCAGAAAGAACAAACAGACAUUCUCGUUGAUGAGAUAAAUAGAGAGAAAACCAACAUUAAACAUCUGAAAACUCAGCUUCAGGCAGAAGAAAACAGACUACAGAAAGCCAUGGACAUGAUUACCUCCAAACAAGAAGAACAAGAACUCAAAGAAGAGCAGUUGAAGAGACAAACACAAGAAUUGGAAAGCACUAAGACCAGUUUACUUUUGGAAAGAGAGGAACUGGAACUGAUGAGGAAGGAUGUCAACAAGAAGAAAGAAGAGGUUGAAGCUGCCAUGAUCACCAUCAGUGAAGACAGAGAACAAGUCAAAGAUCAACUCUUCACUCAAAUGAAAUCUGUUGGAGCACUGAUGGAAAAACUUCAACAGCUGAAUGAAAAAGUGCAUGAAAAAAUGAAAAGCAAAUUCAUCAUUCUAGGACAAAACAACCAAGAUGUAGUCAAACAGGUUGAUGUUUUGAAGCAAAAACAUCAGGCUCUGGAUACACAAAAAGAAAUAAUGUUGUGUCACACAGAGACAUUACAGAGAGAACGAGAAGGACUGAAAAGUGUGUUGUCAGAAGUUGUCGCUCAGAGACUAGAAAUGGAAAAUCAACUGCAACAAGAGGAUUUGUUGGAAAAGACAAGACUUGGAGAACUGAAGUCACAGCUGAAGCAAUACAGAGAGAAUCUGGAUAGAGAGAGGGGUAUGAUGGACAAAGAGAGACUGGACUUGGAGCUGAUGAGGUCUGAAAUCCUGAAACAAAGGGACAGUUUAGAACAAGACAAAACAGAUAUAACUGAGGAAAGAGACCAGUUGAAAAUCAAACAGACUGAGCUACAAAAGAAGAAAGAACAAACAGACAUUCUUCUUGAUGAGAUAAAAAGAGAGAAAAAAAACAUGAAACAUCUGACAAAUCAGCUUCACGCUGAACAAGAGAGACUUCAGAUUGCCAUGGACAUGAUUACCUCCAAACAAGAAGCACAAGAACUCAAAGAAGAGCAGUUGAAGACACAAACACAAGAAUUGGAAAGCACUGAGACCAGUUUACUUUUGGAAAGAGAGGAACUGGAACUGAUAAGGAAGGACCUGAACAAGAAGAAAGAAGAGGUUGAAGCUGCCAUGAUCACCAUCAGUGAAGACAGAGAACAAGUAAAUCAGAUGAAGAGUAGCACAGACAGGGACAGACAAAUGUUUGAGAAUGAAAAGGAGAGAAUGGAAGGAGAAAGGUCUGAGCUGAAAAUGAGACAAGAUCAACUCUUCACUCAAAUGAAAUCUGUUGGAGCACUGAGGGAAAAACUUCAACAGAUAAAUGACAAAAGAGACCAGUUGGAAAUCAGACAGACUGAGCUGCAAAAGCAGAAAGAACAAACAGACAUUCUUCUUCAUGAGAUCUAUAGAGAGAAAACCAACAUGAAACAUCUGACAAAUCAGCUUCACGCUGAACAAGAGAGACUUCAGAUUGCCAUGGACAUGAUUACCUCCAAACAAGAAGCACAAGAACUCAAAGAAGAGCAGUUGAAGACACAAACACAAGAAUUGGAAAGCACUGAGACCAGUUUACUUUUGGAAAGAGAGGAACUGGAACUGAUAAGGAAGGACCUGAACAAGAAGAAAGAAGAGGUUGAAGCUGCCAUGAUCACCAUCAGUGAAGACAGAGAACAAGUCAAAGAUCAACUCUUCAGUCAAAUGAAAUCUGUUGAAGCACUGAGGGAAAAACUUCAACAGCUGAAUGAAAAAGUGCAUGAAAAAAUGAAAAGCAAAUUUAUCAUUCUAGGACAAAACAACCAAGAUGUAAUCAAACAGGUCGAUGUUUUGGAGCAAAAAUAUCAGGCUCUGGAAAAACAAAAAGAAACAAUGUUGCGUCACACAGAGACAUUACAGAGAGAACGAGAAGGGCUGAAAAGUGUGUUGUCAGAAGUUGUCGCUCAGAGAGUAGAAAUGGAAAAUCAACUGCAACAAGAGGAUUUGGUGGAAAAGACAAGACUUGGAGAACUGAAGUCACAGCUGAAGCAAUACAGAGAGAAUCUGGAUAAAGAGAGGGGUAUGAUGGACAAAGAGAGACUGGACUUGGAGCUGGUGAGGUCUGACAUCCUGAAACAAAGGGACAGUUUAGAACAAGACAAAACAGAUAUAACUGAGGAAAGAGACCAGUUGAAAAUCAAACAGACUGAGCUACAAAAGAAGAAAGAACAAACAGACAUUCUUCUUGAUGAGAUAAAUAGAGAGAAAAACAACAUAAAACAUCUGACAAGUCAGCUUAAUGCUGAACAAGGGAGACUUCAGAAAACCAUGAACAUGAAUACCUCCAAACAAGAAGAACAAGAACUCAAAGAAGAGCAGUUGAAGAGACAAACACAAGAAUUGGAAAGCACUAAGACCAGUUUACUUUUGGAAAGAGAGGAACUGGAACUGAUGAGGAAGGAUGUCAACAAGAAGAAAGAAGAGGUUGAAGCUGCCAUGAUCACCAUCAGUGAAGUCAGAGAACAAGUCAAUCAGAUGAAGAGUAGCACAGACGGGGACAGACAAAUGUUUGAGAAUAAAAAGGACAGAAUGGAAGAAGAAAGGUCUGAGCUGAAAAUGAGACAAGAUCAACUCUUCAGUCAAAUGAAAUAUGUUGAAGCACUGACGGAAAAACUUCAACAGAUGAAUGACAAGAUGAGUGAAGACCUGAACAUUUCUAUGGAGAGAUUACAACAAAACAAUGAGUAUGUAGUAAUGAUGUGCACUGUAUUGGAACAAAAGUGCACAGCAUUAAAAGUGCAGAAAGAAAGCAUGUCUUCUUACAUUGAACUGCUUGAGAAAGAAAAGAAAAGGCUGAUGAGUAUAAUGUCUGACAUGGUCAAUCAGAGAGAAGACAUGGAAAAUCAAUGGAAGCAGAAGUUUGAGCUGGAGGAACAAGAUCUUAAGAAACUGAGGGCAGAACUGAAGCAACACAGGGGAGAUGUGGAUAGACAGAGUGAGAUGAUGAACAAAGAGAAACAGGACUUGGAGCUGAUGAGGUCUGACAUCCUGAAACAAAGGGACAGUUUAGAACAAGAGAAAACAGAUACAAAUGAGGAAAGAGACCAGCUGGAAAUCAAACAGACUGAGUUGCUAAAGCAGAAAGAACAAACAGACAUUCUCGUUGAUGAGAUAAAUAGAGAGAAAACCAACAUUAAACAUCUGAAAACUCAGCUUCAGGCAGAAGAAAACAGACUACAGAAAGCCAUGGACAUGAUUACCUCCAAACAAGAAGAACAAGAACUCAAAGAAGAGCAGUUGAAGAGACAAACACAAGAAUUGGAAAGCACUAAGACCAGUUUACUUUUGGAAAGAGAGGAACUGGAACUGAUGAGGAAGGAUGUCAACAAGAAGAAAGAAGAGGUUGAAGCUGCCAUGAUCACCAUCAGUGAAGACAGAGAACAAGUCAAAGAUCAACUCUUCACUCAAAUGAAAUCUGUUGGAGCACUGAUGGAAAAACUUCAACAGCUGAAUGAAAAAGUGCAUGAAAAAAUGAAAAGCAAAUUCAUCAUUCUAGGACAAAACAACCAAGAUGUAGUCAAACAGGUUGAUGUUUUGAAGCAAAAACAUCAGGCUCUGGAUACACAAAAAGAAAUAAUGUUGUGUCACACAGAGACAUUACAGAGAGAACGAGAAGGACUGAAAAGUGUGUUGUCAGAAGUUGUCGCUCAGAGACUAGAAAUGGAAAAUCAACUGCAACAAGAGGAUUUGUUGGAAAAGACAAGACUUGGAGAACUGAAGUCACAGCUGAAGCAAUACAGAGAGAAUCUGGAUAGAGAGAGGGGUAUGAUGGACAAAGAGAGACUGGACUUGGAGCUGAUGAGGUCUGAAAUCCUGAAACAAAGGGACAGUUUAGAACAAGACAAAACAGAUAUAACUGAGGAAAGAGACCAGUUGAAAAUCAAACAGACUGAGCUACAAAAGAAGAAAGAACAAACAGACAUUCUUCUUGAUGAGAUAAAAAGAGAGAAAAAAAACAUGAAACAUCUGACAAAUCAGCUUCACGCUGAACAAGAGAGACUUCAGAUUGCCAUGGACAUGAUUACCUCCAAACAAGAAGCACAAGAACUCAAAGAAGAGCAGUUGAAGACACAAACACAAGAAUUGGAAAGCACUGAGACCAGUUUACUUUUGGAAAGAGAGGAACUGGAACUGAUAAGGAAGGACCUGAACAAGAAGAAAGAAGAGGUUGAAGCUGCCAUGAUCACCAUCAGUGAAGACAGAGAACAAGUAAAUCAGAUGAAGAGUAGCACAGACAGGGACAGACAAAUGUUUGAGAAUGAAAAGGAGAGAAUGGAAGGAGAAAGGUCUGAGCUGAAAAUGAGACAAGAUCAACUCUUCACUCAAAUGAAAUCUGUUGGAGCACUGAGGGAAAAACUUCAACAGAUAAAUGACAAAAGAGACCAGUUGGAAAUCAGACAGACUGAGCUGCAAAAGCAGAAAGAACAAACAGACAUUCUUCUUCAUGAGAUCUAUAGAGAGAAAACCAACAUGAAACAUCUGACAAAUCAGCUUCACGCUGAACAAGAGAGACUUCAGAUUGCCAUGGACAUGAUUACCUCCAAACAAGAAGCACAAGAACUCAAAGAAGAGCAGUUGAAGACACAAACACAAGAAUUGGAAAGCACUGAGACCAGUUUACUUUUGGAAAGAGAGGAACUGGAACUGAUAAGGAAGGACCUGAACAAGAAGAAAGAAGAGGUUGAAGCUGCCAUGAUCACCAUCAGUGAAGACAGAGAACAAGUCAAAGAUCAACUCUUCAGUCAAAUGAAAUCUGUUGAAGCACUGAGGGAAAAACUUCAACAGCUGAAUGAAAAAGUGCAUGAAAAAAUGAAAAGCAAAUUUAUCAUUCUAGGACAAAACAACCAAGAUGUAAUCAAACAGGUCGAUGUUUUGGAGCAAAAAUAUCAGGCUCUGGAAAAACAAAAAGAAACAAUGUUGCGUCACACAGAGACAUUACAGAGAGAACGAGAAGGGCUGAAAAGUGUGUUGUCAGAAGUUGUCGCUCAGAGAGUAGAAAUGGAAAAUCAACUGCAACAAGAGGAUUUGGUGGAAAAGACAAGACUUGGAGAACUGAAGUCACAGCUGAAGCAAUACAGAGAGAAUCUGGAUAAAGAGAGGGGUAUGAUGGACAAAGAGAGACUGGACUUGGAGCUGGUGAGGUCUGAAAUCCUGAAACAAAGGGACAGUUUAGAACAAGACAAAACAGAUAUAACUGAGGAAAGAGACCAGUUGAAAAUCAAACAGACUGAGCUACAAAAGAAGAAAGAACAAACAGACAUUCUUCUUGAUGAGAUAAAAAGAGAGAAAAAAAACAUGAAACAUCUGACAAAUCAGCUUCACGCUGAACAAGAGAGACUUCAGAUUGCCAUGGACAUGAUUACCUCCAAACAAGAAGCACAAGAACUCAAAGAAGAGCAGUUGAAGACACAAACACAAGAAUUGGAAAGCACUGAGACCAGUUUACUUUUGGAAAGAGAGGAACUGGAACUGAUAAGGAAGGACCUGAACAAGAAGAAAGAAGAGGUUGAAGCUGCCAUGAUCACCAUCAGUGAAGACAGAGAACAAGUAAAUCAGAUGAAGAGUAGCACAGACAGGGACAGACAAAUGUUUGAGAAUGAAAAGGAGAGAAUGGAAGGAGAAAGGUCUGAGCUGAAAAUGAGACAAGAUCAACUCUUCACUCAAAUGAAAUCUGUUGGAGCACUGAGGGAAAAACUUCAACAGAUAAAUGACAAAAGAGACCAGUUGGAAAUCAGACAGACUGAGCUGCAAAAGCAGAAAGAACAAACAGACAUUCUUCUUCAUGAGAUCUAUAGAGAGAAAACCAACAUGAAACAUCUGACAAAUCAGCUUCACGCUGAACAAGAGAGACUUCAGAUUGCCAUGGACAUGAUUACCUCCAAACAAGAAGCACAAGAACUCAAAGAAGAGCAGUUGAAGACACAAACACAAGAAUUGGAAAGCACUGAGACCAGUUUACUUUUGGAAAGAGAGGAACUGGAACUGAUAAGGAAGGACCUGAACAAGAAGAAAGAAGAGGUUGAAGCUGCCAUGAUCACCAUCAGUGAAGACAGAGAACAAGUCAAAGAUCAACUCUUCAGUCAAAUGAAAUCUGUUGAAGCACUGAGGGAAAAACUUCAACAGCUGAAUGAAAAAGUGCAUGAAAAAAUGAAAAGCAAAUUUAUCAUUCUAGGACAAAACAACCAAGAUGUAAUCAAACAGGUCGAUGUUUUGGAGCAAAAAUAUCAGGCUCUGGAAAAACAAAAAGAAACAAUGUUGCGUCACACAGAGACAUUACAGAGAGAACGAGAAGGGCUGAAAAGUGUGUUGUCAGAAGUUGUCGCUCAGAGAGUAGAAAUGGAAAAUCAACUGCAACAAGAGGAUUUGGUGGAAAAGACAAGACUUGGAGAACUGAAGUCACAGCUGAAGCAAUACAGAGAGAAUCUGGAUAAAGAGAGGGGUAUGAUGGACAAAGAGAGACUGGACUUGGAGCUGGUGAGGUCUGACAUCCUGAAACAAAGGGACAGUUUAGAACAAGACAAAACAGAUAUAACUGAGGAAAGAGACCAGUUGAAAAUCAAACAGACUGAGCUACAAAAGAAGAAAGAACAAACAGACAUUCUUCUUGAUGAGAUAAAUAGAGAGAAAAACAACAUAAAACAUCUGACAAGUCAGCUUAAUGCUGAACAAGAGAGACUUCAGAAAACCAUGAACAUGAAUACCUCCAAACAAGAAGAACAAGAACUCAAAGAAGAGCAGUUGAAGAGACAAACACAAGAAUUGGAAAGCACUAAGACCAGUUUACUUUUGGAAAGAGAGGAACUGGAACUGAUGAGGAAGGAUGUCAACAAGAAGAAAGAAGAGGUUGAAGCUGCCAUGAUCACCAUCAGUGAAGUCAGAGAACAAGUCAAUCAGAUGAAGAGUAGCACAGACGGGGACAGACAAAUGUUUGAGAAUAAAAAGGACAGAAUGGAAGAAGAAAGGUCUGAGCUGAAAAUGAGACAAGAUCAACUCUUCAGUCAAAUGAAAUAUGUUGAAGCACUGACGGAAAAACUUCAACAGAUGAAUGACAAGAUGAGUGAAGACCUGAACAUUUCUAUGGAGAGAUUACAACAAAACAAUGAGUAUGUAGUAAUGAUGUGCACUGUAUUGGAACAAAAGUGCACAGCAUUAAAAGUGCAGAAAGAAAGCAUGUCUUCUUACAUUGAACUGCUUGAGAAAGAAAAGAAAAGGCUGAUGAGUAUAAUGUCUGACAUGGUCAAUCAGAGAGAAGACAUGGAAAAUCAAUGGAAGCAGAAGUUUGAGCUGGAGGAACAAGAUCUUAAGAAACUGAGGGCAGAACUGAAGCAACACAGGGGAGAUGUGGAUAGACAGAGUGAGAUGAUGAACAAAGAGAAACAGGACUUGGAGCUGAUGAGGUCUGACAUCCUGAAACAAAGGGACAGUUUAGAACAAGAGAAAACAGAUACAAAUGAGGAAAGAGACCAGCUGGAAAUCAAACAGACUGAGUUGCUAAAGCAGAAAGAACAAACAGACAUUCUCGUUGAUGAGAUAAAUAGAGAGAAAACCAACAUUAAACAUCUGAAAACUCAGCUUCAGGCAGAAGAAAACAGACUACAGAAAGCCAUGGACAUGAUUACCUCCAAACAAGAAGAACAAGAACUCAAAGAAGAGCAGUUGAAGAGACAAACACAAGAAUUGGAAAGCACUAAGACCAGUUUACUUUUGGAAAGAGAGGAACUGGAACUGAUGAGGAAGGAUGUCAACAAGAAGAAAGAAGAGGUUGAAGCUGCCAUGAUCACCAUCAGUGAAGACAGAGAACAAGUCAAAGAUCAACUCUUCACUCAAAUGAAAUCUGUUGGAGCACUGAUGGAAAAACUUCAACAGCUGAAUGAAAAAGUGCAUGAAAAAAUGAAAAGCAAAUUCAUCAUUCUAGGACAAAACAACCAAGAUGUAGUCAAACAGGUUGAUGUUUUGAAGCAAAAACAUCAGGCUCUGGAUACACAAAAAGAAAUAAUGUUGUGUCACACAGAGACAUUACAGAGAGAACGAGAAGGACUGAAAAGUGUGUUGUCAGAAGUUGUCGCUCAGAGACUAGAAAUGGAAAAUCAACUGCAACAAGAGGAUUUGUUGGAAAAGACAAGACUUGGAGAACUGAAGUCACAGCUGAAGCAAUACAGAGAGAAUCUGGAUAGAGAGAGGGGUAUUAUGGACAAAGAGAGACUGGACUUGGAGCUGAUGAGGUCUGAAAUCCUGAAACAAAGGGACAGUUUAGAACAAGACAAAACAGAUAUAACUGAGGAAAGAGACCAGUUGAAAAUCAAACAGACUGAGCUACAAAAGAAGAAAGAACAAACAGACAUUCUUCUUGAUGAGAUAAAAAGAGAGAAAAAAAACAUGAAACAUCUGACAAAUCAGCUUCACGCUGAACAAGAGAGACUUCAGAUUGCCAUGGACAUGAUUACCUCCAAACAAGAAGCACAAGAACUCAAAGAAGAGCAGUUGAAGACACAAACACAAGAAUUGGAAAGCACUGAGACCAGUUUACUUUUGGAAAGAGAGGAACUGGAACUGAUAAGGAAGGACCUGAACAAGAAGAAAGAAGAGGUAGAAGCUGCCAUGAUCACCAUCAGUGAAGACAGAGAACAAGUAAAUCAGAUGAAGAGUAGCACAGACAGGGACAGACAAAUGUUUGAGAAUGAAAAGGAGAGAAUGGAAGGAGAAAGGUCUGAGCUGAAAAUGAGACAAGAUCAACUCUUCACUCAAAUGAAAUCUGUUGGAGCACUGAGGGAAAAACUUCAACAGAUGAAUGACAAAAGAGACCAGUUGGAAAUCAGACAGACUGAGCUGCAAAAACAGAAAGAACAAACAGACAUUCUUCUUGAUGAGAUAAAUAGAGAGAAAUCCAACAUUAAACAUCUGAAAACUCAGCUUCAGUCAGAAGAAAACAGACUACAGAAAGCCAAGGACAUGAUUACCUCCAAAGAAGAAGAACAAGAAUUCAAAGAAGAGCAGUUGAAGAGACAAACACAAGAAUUGGAAAGCACUAAGACCAGUUUACUUUUGGAAAGGGAGAAACUGGAACUGAUGGAGAAGGAUCUCAACAAGAAGAAAGAAGAGGUUGAAGCUGCCAUGAUCACCAUCAGUGAAGUCAGAGAACAAGUCAAUCAGAUGAAGAGUAGCACAGACGGAGACAGUCAAAUGUUUAAGAAUGAAAAGGAGAGAAUGGAAGGAGAAAGGUCUGAGCUGAAAAUGAGACAUGAUCAACUCUUCAGUCAAAUGAAAUCCGUUGUAGCACUGAGGGAAAAAUUUCAACAGAUAAAUGACAAAAGAGACCAGUUGGAAAUCAGACAGACUGAGGUGCAAAAGCAGAAAGAACAAACAGACAUUCUUCUUCAUGAGAUCUAUAGAGAGAAAACCAACAUGAAACAUCUGACAAAUCAGCUUCACGCUGAACAAGAGAGACUUCAGAUUGCCAUGGACAUGAUUACCUCCAAACAAGAAGCACAAGAACGCAAAGAAGAGCAGUUGAAGAGACAAACACAAGAAUUGGAAAGCACUGAGACCAGUUUACUUUUGGAAAGAGAGGAACUGGAACUGAUGAGGAAGGACCUCAACAAGACGAAAGACGAGGUUGAAGCUGCCAUGAUCACCAUCAGUGAAGACAGAGAACAAGUCAAAGAUCAACUCUUCAGUCAAAUGAAAUCUGUUGAAGCACUGAGGGAAAAACUUCAACAGCUGAAUGAAAAAGUGCAUGAAAAAAUGAAAAGCAAAUUCAUCAUUCUAGGACAAAACAACCAAGAUGUAGUCAAACAGGUCGAUGUUUUGGAGCAAAAAUAUCAGGCUCUGGAAAUACAAAAAGAGACAAUGUUGCGUCACACAGAGACAUUACAGAGAGAACGAGAAGGACUGAAAAGUGUGUUGUCAGAAGUUGUCGCUCAGAGACUAGAAAUGGAAAAUCAACUGCAACAAGAGGAUUUGUUGGAAAAGACAAGACUUGGAGAACUGAAGUCACAGCUGAAGCAAUACAGAGAGAAUCUGGAUAAAGAGAGGGGUAUGAUGGACAAAGAGAGACUGGACUUGGAGCUGAUGAGGUCUGACAUCCUGAAACAAAGGGACAGUUUAGAACAAGACAAAACAGAUAUAACUGAGGAAAGAGACCAGUUGAAAAUCAAACAGACUGAGCUACAAAAGAAGAAAGAACAAAUAGACAUUCUUCUUGAUGAGAUAAAAAGAGAGAAAAAAAACAUAAAACACCUGACAAGUCAGCUUGAUGCUGAACAAGAGAGACGUCAGAAAGCAAUGAACAUGAAUACCUCCAAACAAGAAGAACAAGAAUUCAAAGAAGAGCAGUUGAAGAGACAAACACAAGAAUUGGAACGCACUAAGACCAGUUUACUUUUGGAAAUAGAGGAACUGGAACUGAUGAGGAAUGAUGUCAACAAGAAGAAAGAAGAGGUUGAAGCUGCCAUGAUCACCAUCAGUGAAGACAGAGAACAAGUAAAUCAGAUGAAGAGUAGCACAGACAGGGACAGACAAAUGUUUGAGAAUGAAAAGGACAGAAUGGAAGGAGAAAGGUCUGAGCUGAAAAUGAAACAAGAUCAACUCUUCACUCAAAUGAAAUCUGUUGGAGCACUGAGGGAAAAACUUCAACAGAUGAAUGACAAAAGAGACCAGUUGGAAAUCAGACAGACUGAGCUGCAAAAACAGAAAGAACAAACAGACAUUCUUCUUGAUGAGAUAAAUAGAGAGAAAUCCAACAUUAAACAUCUGAAAACUCAGCUUCAGUCAGAAGAAAACAGACUACAGAAAGCCAUGGACAUGAUUACCUCCAAACAAGAAGCACAAGAACGCAAAGAAGAGCAGUUGAAGAGACAAACACAAGAAUUGGAAAGCACUGAGACCAGUUUACUUUUGGAAAGAGAGGAACUGGAACUGAUGAGGAAGGACCUCAACAAGACGAAAGACGAGGUUGAAGCUGCCAUGAUCACCAUCAGUGAAGACAGAGAACAAGUCAAAGAUCAACUCUUCAGUCAAAUGAAAUCUGUUGAAGCACUGAGGGAAAAACUUCAACAGCUGAAUGAAAAAGUGCAUGAAAAAAUGAAAAGCAAAUUCAUCAUUCUAGGACAAAACAACCAAGAUGUAGUCAAACAGGUCGAUGUUUUGGAGCAAAAAUAUCAGGCUCUGGAAAUACAAAAAGAGACAAUGUUGCGUCACACAGAGACAUUACAGAGAGAACGAGAAGGACUGAAAAGUGUGUUGUCAGAAGUUGUCGCUCAGAGACUAGAAAUGGAAAAUCAACUGCAACAAGAGGAUUUGUUGGAAAAGACAAGACUUGGAGAACUGAAGUCACAGCUGAAGCAAUACAGAGAGAAUCUGGAUAAAGAGAGGGGUAUGAUGGACAAAGAGAGACUGGACUUGGAGCUGAUGAGGUCUGACAUCCUGAAACAAAGGGACAGUUUAGAACAAGACAAAACAGAUAUAACUGAGGAAAGAGACCAGUUGAAAAUCAAACAGACUGAGCUACAAAAGAAGAAAGAACAAACAGACAUUCUUCUUGAUGAGAUAAAAAGAGAGAAAAAAAACAUAAAACACCUGACAAGUCAGCUUGAUGCUGAACAAGAGAGGCGUCAGAAAGCAAUGAACAUGAAUACCUCCAAACAAGAAGAACAAGAAUUCAAAGAAGAGCAGUUGAAGAGACAAACACAAGAAUUGGAACGCACUAAGACCAGUUUACUUUUGGAAAUAGAGGAACUGGAACUGAUGAGGAAUGAUGUCAACAAGAAGAAAGAAGAGGUUGAAGCUGCCAUGAUCACCAUCAGUGAAGACAGAGAACAAGUAAAUCAGAUGAAGAGUAGCACAGACAGGGACAGACAAAUGUUUGAGAAUGAAAAGGACAGAAUGGAAGGAGAAAGGUCUGAGCUGAAAAUGAGACAAGAUCAACUCUUCACUCAAAUGAAAUCUGUUGGAGCACUGAGGGAAAAACUUCAACAGAUGAAUGACAAAAGAGACCAGUUGGAAAUCAGACAGACUGAGCUGCAAAAACAGAAAGAACAAACAGACAUUCUUCUUGAUGAGAUAAAUAGAGAGAAAUCCAACAUUAAACAUCUGAAAACUCAGCUUCAGUCAGAAGAAAACAGACUACAGAAAGCCAUGGACAUGAUUACCUCCAAACAAGAAGCACAAGAACUCAAAGAAGAGCAGUUGAAGACACAAACACAAGAAUUGGAAAGCACUGAGACCAUUUUACUUUUGGAAAAUGAGGAACUGGAACUGAUGAGGAAGGACCUCAACAAGAAGAAAGAAGAGGUUGAAGCUGCCAUGAUCACCAUCAGUGAAGACAGAGAACAAGUCAAAGAUCAACUCUUCACUCAAAUGAAAUCUGUUGGAGCACUGAGGGAAAAACUUCAACAGCUGAAUGAAAAAGUGCAUGAAAAAAUGAAAAGCAAAUUCAUCAUUCUAGGACAAAACAACCAAGAUGUAGUCAAACAGGUCGAUGUUUUGGAGCAAAAAUAUCAGGCUCUGGAAAAACAAAAAGAAACAAUGUUGCGUCACACAGAGACAUUACAGAGAGAACGAGAAGGACUGAAAAGUGUGUUGUCAGAAGUUGUCGCUCAGAGACUAGAAAUGGAAAAUCAACUGCAACAAGAGGAUUUGUUGGAAAAGACAAGACUUGGAGAACUGAAGUCACAGCUGAAGCAAUACAGAGAGAAUCUGGAUAAAGAGAGGGGUAUGAUGGACAAAGAGAGACUGGACUUGGAGCUGAUGAGGUCUGACAUCCUGAAACAAAGUGACAGUUUAGAACAAGACAAAACAGAUAUAACUGAGGACAGAGACCAGUUGAAAAUCAAACAGACUGAGCUACAAAAGAAGAAAGAACAAACAGACAUUCUUCUUGAUGAGAUAAAUAGAGAGAAAAACAACAUAAAACACCUGACAAGUCAGCUUGAUGCUGAACAAGAGAGACUUCAGAAAGCCAUCAACAUGAAUACCUCCAAACAAGAAGAACAAGAAUUCAAAGAAGAGCAGUUGAAGAGACAAACACAAGAAUUGGAAAGCACUAAGACCAGUUUACUUUUGGAAAGAGAGGAACUGGAACUGAUGAGGAAGGAUGUCAACAAGAAGAAAGAAGAGGUUGAAGCUGCCAUGAUCACCAUCAGUGAAGACAGAGAACAAGUCAUUCAGAUGAAGAGUAGCACAGACAGGGACAGACAAAUGUUUGAGAAUGAAAAGGAGAGAAUGGAAGGAGAAAGGUCUGAGCUGAAAAUGAGACAAGAUCAACUCUUCAGUCAAACGAAAUCUGUUGAAACACUGAGGGAAAAACUUCAACAGUUGACUGAAAAAGUGCUUGAAAAAGUGAAAACCAAAUUCAUCACCCUAAAACAAAACAAUCAAGAUGUAGACAAACAGGUCGAUGUUUUGGAGCAAAAAUAUCAGGCUCUGGAUAAACAAAAUGAAAUAAUGUUGCGUCACACAGAGACAUUACAGAGAGAACGAGAAGGGUUGAAAAUCGUGUUGUCAGAAGUUGUCGCUCAGAGACUACAAAUGGAGAAUCGACUGAAACAAGAGGAUUUGUUGGAAAAAGCACAUCCUGGAGAAAUGAAUUCACAGCUGAAGCAAUACAGAGAAGAUCUGUAUAGAGAGAGGGGUAUGAUGGACAAAGAGAAACUGGACUUGGAGCUGAUGAGGUCUGACAUCCUGAAACAAAGGGACAGUUUAGAACAAGACAAAACAGAUAUAACUGAGGAAAGAGACCAGUUGAAAAUCGAAAAGACUGAGCUACAAAAGAAGAAAGAACAAACAGACAUUCUUCUUGACGAGACAAAAAGAGAGAAAAAAAACAUAAAACACCUGACAAGUCAGCUUGAUGCUGAACAAGAGAGACUUCAGAAAGCCAUGAACACGAAUACCUCCAAACAAGAAGAACAAGAAUUCAAAGAAGAGCAGUUGAAGGACAGAAUGGAAGAAGAAAGGUCUGAGCUGAAAAUGAGACAAGAUCAACUCUUCAGUCAAAUGAAAUAUGUUGAAGCACUGACGGAAAAACUUCAACAGAUGAAUGACAAGAUGAGUGAAGACCUGAACAUUUUUAUGGAGAGAUUACAACAAAACAAUGAGUAUGUAGUAAUGAUGUGCACUGUAUUGGAACAAAAGUGCACAGCAUUAAAAGUGCAGAAAGAAAGCAUGUCUUCUUACAUUGAACUGCUUGAGAAAGAAAAGAAAAGGCUGAUGAGUAUAAUGUCUGACAUGGUCAAUCAGAGAGAAGACAUGGAAAAUCAAUGGAAGCAGAAGUUUGAGCUGGAGGAACAAGAUCUUAAGAAACUGAGGGCAGAACUGAAGCAACACAGGGGAGAUGUGGAUAGACAGAGUGAGAUGAUGAACAAAGAGAAACAGGACUUGGAGCUGAUGAGGUCUGACAUCCUGAAACAAAGGGACAGUUUAGAACAAGAGAAAACAGAUACAAAUGAGGAAAGAGACCAGCUGGAAAUCAAACAGACUGAGUUGCUAAAGCAGAAAGAACAAACAGACAUUCUCGUUGAUGAGAUAAAUAGAGAGAAAACCAACAUUAAACAUCUGAAAACUCAGCUUCAGGCAGAAGAAAACAGACUACAGAAAGCCAUGGACAUGAUUACCUCCAACCAAGAAGAACAAGAACUCAAAGAAGAGCAGUUGAAGAGACAAACACAAGAAUUGGAAAGCACUAAGACCAGUUUACUUUUGGAAAGAGAGGAACUGGAACUGAUGAGGAAGGAUGUCAACAAGAAGAAAGAAGAGGUUGAAGCUGCCAUGAUCACCAUCAGUGAAGACAGAGAACAAGUCAAAGAUCAACUCUUCACUCAAAUGAAAUCUAGACAUUACAGAGAGAACGAGAAGGACUGA